ACAGCCACCACCUUACAUUACAAGUUGUAUAAGAAGUAAACGUCACGUUCAUAAACUAGUUGUGCUUACAAUUUAAGACCAUGGAGUGUACAUAUUCCAUAGCUUCAGAUGAAUCAUCUCUCAAUUCAUCAGGUUCUGGCUUGAGAUAGGAAUCACAGCAGCAACCAUGGUUCUUUUUCCAUCUUUUGUCAACGGGUUGGCGAGAACCGUGUCGUUGAAGAAAGAGAAGAGUCGCGGAAAGAAUGAAGGAAGAAAAGUUGUGAAAUCAUUGAUAAAGGAAGCAAGGAAAAAUGAGUUGUUACUGAGUACAUCUGGAAUUGUUAAGUCUUCCAAGGGCAACAAUUUUGCCUGUGUGUUCACUAAACAAGGCCAAAAAGGAGUCAAUCAGGAUUGCCUUAUUGUUUGGGAGGAAUUUGGUUGCCAUGAAGACAUAACCUUCUGUGGGAUUUUUGAUGGACAUGGCCCUUGGGGACACUUUGUAGCCAAAAGGGUAAGGAAACUAGUACCUGCCUCUUUGCUAUGCAAUUGGCAGGAAAAUCUGGCUGCAUCAACACAACUUGACCUGGAUUUUAAAAUGGAAGAAGACAUGAACCUUCAUAGAUUUGACACGUGGAAGCAGUCCUACAUAAAGACUUUUGCUGCAAUUGAUCAGGAUCUUAAGCAGCAGACUGGGAUUGAUUCCUUUCAAAGUGGUACAACAGCUUUGACAAUCAUCAAACAGGGUGAACAUCUCAUUCUAGCAAAUGUUGGUGAUUCUAGGGCGGUGUUGGCAACCACUUCAGAGGAUGGAACAUUAACUGCACUUCAGCUAACCACUGACUUGAAGCCAAAUUUACCAAAGGAGGCAGAGCGCAUAACACAAUCCAAAGGGCAGGUAUUUUGUUUAGAAGAUGAACCAGGAGUGUACAGGGUGUGGAUGCCAAAUGGUAGAAAAGCUGGACUUGCAAUAUCUAGAGCAUUUGGUGACUACUGUUUAAAAGACUUUGGAAUAAUCUCUGUGCCAGAAGUCACACAAAGAAACCUGAACCCCAUGGAUCAAUUUGUCAUCUUGGCAACAGAUGGGGUAUGGGAUGUUAUUUCAAACCAAGAAGCAGUUAGAAUCGUUUCUUCAACUCCAAAUAGAGAAAAAGCAGCUAAAAGGCUCGUGAAAUGUGCCACAUAUGAAUGGAAACGUAAGAGAAGAGGCAUUGCUAUUGAUGAUAUAUCAGCUGUUUGCCUCUUCUUUCGCUCUCCCUCUCCCAAGUACUCUAACCAACUUCCAACCGCUAAAGUUGUCAAAUUAGGGUGUUGAAACUGCUCAUUGGUGCUUCCUUAAAACACAAAAUGCAUUGGUGCUGAGAAUAUGCAUCAUUAGCUAUUAACUACAUUUUAUCAGUUAUAGAUGUUAGUUUAUGGGCUGUUACAGGUGAAAUAAAAUAAAAUAAGAAGUAAUGAGAUUGUGAUCACUUUUGUUCCGUUCA